AUGUCGGAUCUUGUUGACCAUUCCCCCCACCAUCCCACCAGGGCUGCGCAGCGGGCCAGCGCCUCGAAUGUCAUCCUCAUCGAUAACUACGACUCCUUCACCUGGAAUGUCUACCAGUACCUGGUCCUCGAGGGUGCCACGGUAAAGGUCUUCCGCAAUGACGAAAUCUCCCUGGAAGAAUUGAUCGCCAAAAAGCCGACUCAUUUGGUCAUCAGCCCCGGUCCCGGUCAUCCCGAGUCUGAUGCCGGCAUAAGCAACGCUGCCAUUCAACAUUUCAGCGGAAAGAUUCCUGUGUUUGGUGUGUGCAUGGGUCAGCAAUGCAUCAUCUUUUCCUUUGGUGGAAAGGUUGACGUGACCGGCGAGAUUCUGCAUGGCAAGACUUCGGAGUUGAAGCAUGACAGCAGAGGGGUUUACGAAGGGCUGCCCGCAUCUCUGAACAUAACUAGAUAUCACUCGCUGGCUGGAACGCAUGCGACCGUUCCGGACUGCCUAGAAGUCACGUCCUCCGCCGAUCUGCGCGAUAACAGUGGCAAAACUGUCAUCAUGGGAGUUCGACACAAGCAGCUGGCUGUGGAAGGCGUUCAGUUCCAUCCCGAGAGUAUCCUUACGGAACACGGUCGGACAAUGUUCAGAAACUUUCUUUCUCUGACCGCGGGCACUUGGGAAGGAAAUGGGAAGCCCUCCGGCGGCAACGGCACGGGUCUGGUCGGCACCCCGAAGACCGACAAGAAGGUGUCUAUCCUCGAUAAGAUUUAUGACCAUCGGAAAGCCGCUGUUGCCAUCCAAAAGACCAUCCCUUCUCAACGCCCGGCGGAUCUGCAAGCUGCUUAUGACCUCAACAUCGCGCCCCCGCAAGUCCCGUUCCCUGCCAGGUUGAGGCAAUCAUCUUAUCCGCUAUCUCUCAUGGCUGAAAUCAAGCGUGCUUCUCCUUCCAAGGGCAUGAUAGCUGAAACUGCAUGUGCGCCUGCACAGGCUCGGCAAUAUGCGAAGGCGGGGGCCAGCGUCAUCUCCGUCCUCACAGAACCGGAAUGGUUCAAAGGCAGCAUUGACGACUUGCGUGCCGUCCGCCAAAGUCUAGAAGGGCUCACGAACCGACCCGCAGUGCUGCGGAAAGAGUUUGUUUUCGACGAAUAUCAGAUUUUGGAAGCACGCCUCGCUGGUGCUGAUACUGUUUUGCUCAUUGUGAAAAUGCUCGACGUUGAGCUGCUCACCAGACUAUACAACUACUCCAAGAGCCUUGGGAUGGAACCUCUCGUUGAAGUCAACACCCCUGAAGAGAUGAAGAUUGCGGUCGAUCUUGGCUCUCAGGUCAUUGGUGUCAACAACAGAGAUCUUACUAGCUUCGAGGUUGACUUGGGUACCACAAGCCGACUGAUGGACCAGGUACCUGAGAGCACUAUUGUGUGCGCUCUGAGUGGUAUUUCCGGGCCCAAGGAUGUAGAGGCGUACCAGAAGGAAGGCGUCAGGGCUAUUCUUGUCGGCGAGGCUCUCAUGCGGGCACCGGACACUUCUGCUUUUGUUUCGAACUUGCUGGGAGGAAGCACGGAAGAAGCCCCUACGACACAGUACUCGCCGCUAGUGAAAAUCUGCGGUACGCGAAGCGAAGAGGGUGCACGAGCUGCAAUCGAGGCUGGGGCAGAUCUGAUUGGAAUCAUCCAAGUUCAAGGGCGAAAGCGGCUUGUUCCGGAUGACGUUGCCUUGGGUAUUUCGCGAGUAGUCAAGUCGACCCUGCGCACUGCUACUCAUCAGACGACCGCCUCCGAAGGAGUAUCAAGUGCGACAUCCAUUGACUUCUUUGAUUAUUCUGCAAAAACCCUACGUCACCCUCAUCGAGCCUUGCUCGUGGGUGUAUUCCAAGAUCAGCCGCUGUCAUAUGUCUUAGCUCAGCAGCAGAAGUUGGACCUUGACGUUGUUCAACUUCACGGUUCCGAACCGCUUGAGUGGGCUAGGUUAAUACCAGUUCCCGUCAUUCGCAAAUUUGCUCUCGAUGAACCUGGGAUUGCAAGGAGGGCUUACCACAGCCUGCCUCUGCUGGACUCUGGAGCAGGAGGAUCGGGUGAAUUGCUCGACCAGUCGCGAGUUCAACAGACCCUGGAAGGUGAUAAGGGUCUGCGUGUCAUCCUUGCCGGGGGUUUGGAUCCCACCAAUGUGGCUAGCACACUCAAGAAACUGGGUGAAUCUGGACGUAAGGUUGUUGGAGUGGAUGUCAGUUCUGGCGUCGAAUCCGAUGGCGCGCAGGAUCCCAGCAAAAUCCGUGCUUUCGUGCAAGCAGUGAAAAGUCUUCAACUCUAA